AAACAGACUAAAAGAGAGAACAAGUCAAAAUAGUUUUUUCCCCAACCAUUAUAAAUACAAAACAGAGGAUGCUCUGUUUCAUCAUUCUCAAAAGCCAUGACUUCUCUCCGCAUCUCCUUCCUUCUAACUCUCUGCCUCUUCGUAACCCCAUCCCUCUCAUCAGACUCUGACCCUUUACAAGACUUCUGCGUCGGCGAUCUCAAAGCCUCUCCUUCCCUCAAUGGCUUCCCUUGCAAGUCACCAGUCUCCGCUUCUGACUUCUUCUUUUCCGGCUUAAGCAUUCCUCUAAACACCUCAAACCGUAACGGCGUAGCCGUGGCCCCCGCCAACGUCCUGACCUUUCCGGGUCUAAACACCUUAGGACUCUCGAUGAACAACGUCGAGUUCGCUCCAGGCGGGGUGAACCCUCCUCACUCGCACCCUCGUGCAACCGAAGCAGGAGUUGUGAUCGAAGGCUCUGUUUUCGUCGGGUUCUUGACCACAAACAACACUUUGUUCUCGAAGGUUAUACAUGCCGGAGAAAUGUUUGUUGUCCCUAGAGGGUUGGUUCAUUUCCAGUGGAACGUUGGUAAAGGGAAAGCACGUUUGGUAACUUCCUUUAACAGCCAGCUUCCAGGAUCGGCUGUUCUGCCUAGUACUCUGUUCGGUUCUAUGCCUGAGAUUCCAAACGCGGUUUUGACCAAAACGUUUAGGACUGAUGAUGUAACUGUGAACAAUCUCAAGUCCAAGUUUGCUGUUUGAAUUUUUAUUUAUUUUAUGUUUUCUACUAAUAUGAUAUUUCUCAAUUCUAUUUUAUUGCAGUAAUGGUGUACAUUUAUGUGUAAUAAUAGUUAUGAAAAAUAUAUCAUGACCAAAAGUUAUAAAGCACAA